GUCUGGUCGCAGAGGCAGGAACGCAGCAUCCUCAGCGUGCUCCAACCCGGUUGCGUCCUCCUGCGCUCGGCCGGGCAGCGAGCCUCCGGACGAGAGCGAGCCCCUCAGCUUCUCGGAGAAGCCUGAUGAAGUCCUCCGAUAUCGAUCAGGAUUUGUUCACAGACAGUUACUGCAAGGUGUGCAGCGCACAGCUGAUAUCCGAAUCCCAGCGGGUGGCCCAUUAUGAGAGUCGAAAACAUGCAAGCAAAGUCCGGCUUUAUUACAUGCUUCACCCCAGGGAUGGGGGGUGUCCUGCCAAGAGGCUCCGGGCUGAAAAUGGAGGUGAUGCUGACACAGUGGAUAAGAAUAAAUGCUGUACCCUCUGUAACAUGUCCUUCACCUCUGCUGUGGUGGCCGACUCCCAUUACCAAGGCAAAAUCCACGCCAAAAGGUUAAAACUGUUGCUAGGAGAGAAACCUCCAUUGAAAACCACAGCCACACCACUGAAUUCACUCAAGGCCCCUCGGGUGGACACGGCUCCUGUGGUCUCAUCUCCCUAUCAAAGGAGAGACUCAGACAGAUACUGUGGCCUCUGUGCAGCCUGGUUUAAUAAUCCUCUGAUGGCCCAGCAGCAUUAUGAUGGCAAAAAGCACAAGAAGAACGCAGCACGGGUUGCCUUGCUAGAGCAGCUGGGAACAUCGCUGGAUCUGGGGGAGCUGAGAGGUCUGAGGCGCACUUACCGCUGUACCAUCUGCAGUGUGUCGCUCAACUCCAUAGAACAGUACCAUGCCCACCUGCAGGGAUCGAAACAUCAGACCAACCUGAAGAAUAAGUAGUGAAUGCACCAGUCAAGAGCUGAGAAGAGAUGCCGGCAUUUCUCUGUGGCAGAGAACUGCUCACCA